GACAAGUAAAACACAUCAUCGCGAAGAUCGAUUCGCUGACAUUAUUCAAAAAUAAAGUCAGACCUUUUAUUGAAACUUUGAGUAGGAAUUUGUUUGUUUGCUUCGAUUCCCACUGCGUCCGCCGUUAUUACUAGUGGCCUUUUUAGUCUUUGCGUUACAAUGCCUUUCGCCGAGGGUAAUGCUGAUAAGGGCAAAAAGUUGUUUGUCCAACGAUGUGCUCAGUGCCACACAGUAGAAAAAGGUGGCCCACAUAAGACAGGACCUAAUCUACAUGGAGUCUUCGGUCGUAAAACAGGACAGGCUGCUGGAUAUGAUUACACUCCUGCUAACAAAAGCAAAGGUAUCACAUGGAGUGAACAAACACUGUUUGAAUAUUUAGAAAAUCCAAAGAAAUACAUCCCUGGCACAAAGAUGGUUUUCGCUGGUCUAAAGAAGGAUACUGAUCGUAAUGAUCUUAUCACCUAUUUGAGAGAAGCAACAAAAUAAUACGAAUAAUUAUAAUAAUGAUACUAAACAGAAUUGAACUUUGUACAACAACCUCCUAGAUCUUAUCAUUACUCUGUAGCAAUACUAUAAUUUAACAGGAUAUAUGUAUAGAAUGCAUGUGGAGUUCAUAAAUUUUCCUGAAAAAUAAAUUUUUUUAGGAGUUUUUAUGAUCCCAUUUACUCAUCUAUAAAGAAUAAACCCUCUUGGUGA